CGUUGGUCGUGUCAAUUCAUUGCAUGAUACUUGGCUUCGAAAGGCAAACUGAAACUCGAGCAAGACCAUGCUGUAAAUUUCUGAUUUAAUUUUAAUCCUUUUGGAGCAGAAAACAAAGAACGGUCACGUCAACAUUAGCAUAACUCUGAUAGAGCAGGAGCCGGGAGUCGCAAAUCAAGCGAUUUUUGUGAUUGCGAAUAAACAGCAGAUGGCUGCCAGACGAUCUUUUGCAAAUGGUGAAAAUUCGAAAAUGAAGAGGAUCCAAAGUAGACGUAAAUGAACAACACAGUCGUAGAGCGAGCGCGAAUCCAAAUAUGGUUCCAACAUGUUGCUCUUGAUGAAAAUCCAAAUGGUUGAUGAGAUUGAGACGCUGUUGAUGACACCGAAUUUUUUUUUUCCAACAAAUUUAUUGACGAAGGUACCCACUACUGCUUCCUCUUUGCAGUUGUGAGAAAAGCCAAAUUUUUUAGAUCCGCGAGCGCCGAGCAUCAAGUUUUGCCUCCCUGCCACCGCGGAGCCGCCAGGAGUUCCAGCUUGAUUCCGGAUCCGGCGAGGGCGAGUUCCUGACGAUUAUCAACGCGAGCAGCAGCAGGCAACAUAGGUGGCGGACCUGCAACUGAUCACGCAGCUUCUAGGUAAAUGUGAGAUAGACAUAGAGAUCCAUGACCAAACCGUGGAAAUAAAGUUGAAAACGAAACGAGCAACGAGCGUUGAUGUGAUUGAUUUUGUAUUCCUCCUUGUCCUUCUGCUUCUACUUCUACAUCAUGCACGAUGCAUUCGCUCAACAAGUUGGUACGAAGUAGUCAACGCUGAGCCAAUGCGAAUUAGAGCUCUGCUUCUUUUUCCCAACUCUGAUUACCUCAGCACAAAUCUUCGCCCUGUUGGGAAGAGACAAGAAACCUGUCAUGCCUGUGGCCCAGCAAGAAUGAAAAAGUAGCUGCUGUGCAAAGUGCUGAGGUGUGCCACGCGAUCCCGACUUGACUGCUUGGCAGCAGGAUGAACCCAAGAAGCUUUUUGGGCGAGAUAGAAGAGCAAAGAUUGAUCGCCGGCCGACAACUCUUCUGCCCCUACAGCGUCUGCGUCACCACCACCAGCGUCAGAAUCCGCCGUCCUGCGGCGCAUCGCCGAUUUUACAGCGUCCGUUUUUUGUUCCUUUGAAAUUAUCACACAAAUUUUGAACGUGGUUGUAAGAACACGCCAAGUUACUAGUACUGGAAGUGUCCUCAACAUCAUCCUGCUAUCGGACGAUUAAGAGCAAGAUGAAGCGCAAAACUACCAUCCUGCGAUAUCUGCUGCGACUACAGAAACAAAAAACACUCAUGCUUUAUUCGCAGUUUCAUGAAGAAAGUAGGAGAUCAAUUUUCGACAUAGACAUUUUUAGCGAAGAUAAGUAGAAGUUCACAGUGAACGGUUUAGGAUUUAGUGAAGAUCAAGAUUUUGUUUCCCCACUACUCAUCAAUUUAAGAUGUCAGCAACCAACUCCAUCUUCGUGCGGAACCUGAGCAAUGAGGCGACGGAGUCAAAUUUGCGGCAGCACUUCUCGGAGUGCGACACCGUGGAGGCGAUCAAGUUCAACGUCUUCCCGGGGACCAAUAACGUGUACGUGGAAGUGCAGUUCGCGAGCAGCAAGGGCGUCACCAGCGCGAUCAAUAACCUGAACGGGAAACUCUUUCUGGGCGUGCCGAUCAUGUAUGUCUACUUUUUUUUUCGCAUUUUGUUGACAUGAUUUUCAUUCUGGGUGAAGGUUUAGUAUGCUUCAUAUGCAACAGUACGUAGAGCGCCCUUGAGUGAUAAUAUGUAGAUGAUGCCUGUCACGCUCAAACAAGGGAGGUCAACAUACGUCGUGGUUGUUCUUACUGCCUGCUGUUUGCACCUUGAGAUGAUUUUUCUCGAUGUUGAAAUAUGGCAAACAAAAUGCUACAUCAGGGUCGACAUUCUGGAUCCGGUGAAGGGGAGCGUGCAGUCGAGCGGGCUGCAGCCGCCUGGACAAAUGGACCUAAACGCGAAGUUACCAAUUGGAACCACCGGCGUUCCUGCACCUGGAACGGCUUCUACCGUAGGAGCUGCGCAGAUGGUACUAUCAUGGGUUGUGUAGUUUGCCUUCAUCAUCUUCACGAUGUUUUAUGCAGUUUUUUUGCAGAGCAAAAACUUAAGCUUUCAUUCGCUCCUUUUAGAUUCACUUUAGUGAUAUUGACUAUGUGAUGACGAUCUUCAUCUUCACGCUUUGACUUGACAUGAAAAAUAAACAGGCCAAUGUGAACAACCCCACCGUGGCCGGGCAGAUUUCCCUGGCGCAGUUGCAGGAACAGCUGCAGGAAUUAGGGUCAGAACGGGAACGGAAACUGGAGAAAACCGUCUGUCUCCGCCCGCUCCCCGACUCGAUUGAUUUGGGUCACUUGCUGAUUUUCUGCCAGGCCUUUGGCGUCGUGAAGGACCAGCGGAUUGACACGGACCUGGAGCAAAUCAAGUUUGGUCUCGUGGAAUUUGCCACGGCCGAAGCGGCGGAGACUCUGCUGGAGACCAAAAAGCAGGUCAUCGGGGGCCUGGAAGUCGGGGUGGAAAAGGCCAAGGAUGUGGUGGGAAAGGUGAACGACCAAAUCGUGAUUCCCAAAAUGGACCCAGGCAGUCUGAAGGAUAACCGGAAAGUGGACCAGGUACUACAGUUGUUAGUUUUAUUUCAAGUAGAAGUUUAUUCUUCAUCAUCAUGACUAUCAUGAACUGUUCUUCCGCCAUGUUGAAGAUUCUGCCUAUUUGUGGCGCAGCAAUCGUAAGCCGGAAAUAUUGAAUUUGAAAUCUCAAUCCCCCAUCAGGUCCGCGCCGCUUUCGGCAAGCUGAGUUUCGGUGCGUCAUUUGCCGCGGCGAAUGCAGGAGAGGACGGAAAAUCCACCGACGCGGCCAGCAAGGGGGGCGACAAAGACAAUGAAAACGUCAAUACUACGACCGGGAUCUCUUCUGUCGGAAACAACGACACCAGUAAACCUGCGAAGAUGUUGGCCACGAGUAAUCAGCAGCAGGCCAUAGACGACAAGAACAUCAAGUCGCCCACCAGUGUGCUUUUGAAAGACGUCGCACACGACACAGAGGAAAUGUUGAAAACGGCGAAAAACGGCAACCCGGACAAGGAUUUGCAGUUGACCGGGCGGCACAACGAUUUGAAGAAACGGUCCCACUCAAACAGCAAGAGCGGAUCCAAGUCCCGGAGUGGGAGUAGCAGUCGCAGCAGAAGCAGCGGGAGCUCCAGUCGCAGCCGGUCGAGAUCGGCGGGAAAAAGCCCGCGGAGGCGGGGUCCUGCCAGAAGACGCGGCGGCAGUGCCGGCAGGAGAUCGAGUAUUUCUAUUUUUGCUAUUUUGAACAAGAUGGUUUCCUUCACAUCAAAAAUUUGUUUGAUGUCUGAGGUUGGUUGUAUAUCGGCAUGUUGCGCACGUGCAGCAGGACUGACGAGUUGUACUGGCCUACGGUAAAAAGACAAUAUUGACCAAAUUACACAUAACUGCGCCAUAUUCAUCAUCACAGCCCCUCGCGGCGCGAACCGACGGAGCCGUAGCCGUAAUCGUGGCGCGCGCAAUUAUAACAACCGCAGUGGCGGUCGCCGGCGGAGCACGCGGCGGCGCAGCCACAGUCGGCGGGGACGCGGCGGCUUGCGCGGCCGUGGUAAUCAUGAUCGGCGAGGAGGCGGCAACGGAGGGAAUUAUACCAGGGGCACCAGGAACGACAGCCGAGACCGGCGGGGCGGCGCCGGUGGUAGAAGAGGCGAUCGCCGUAGUGCAGACCGAGGUCGAGCAGGCGGCUACGGUGCACGGAGAGAUGGACGGCUUGCCCCGCGAACUACAAGACCUGGCGGAGGACGCGGAGGUAUCCUAUGAUUUUUUGCUUGAGGUGGCAAAAGUGCUGCUUAUUCGCUUUUUUCAAUUUUUAUUUUUUGGCUGGGUUGAUGUGUACGUUUAGUUUCGUCCUCGAUUUUUACAACUUUCACUAGACCGAUUGACGCAGAAAUCAGUGAUAGAACUCUCACGAGGAAGACGGCAAAACAAAACUACAACAUCAGGUGGAGGUGGCACCCGGCGCAGAAGCAGCACUCCCAGGGACCGCCGCGACCGUAACACGCGCCGAUCGCGCGAGCGGCAGCCCCCGGCCCGUCGCGCCGGCGGCGGCAACCGUAGGACUUUCUCGCUCGACGAAGACGACGGCGGUCGACGUGGGGAUACUAGGAAGAGGUCGAAGUCCGGCAGUAGGAAAAGAUCCAGAUCACGAUCGGGAAGUCGGAACAGGAAAGCGUCCAAGAUGUCCAACAGUAGGUCGAAGUCGCACGAAAAGUUUCGGAGCCGAAGCAGAAAGAAAGACAAACACUCCGACUCGCCGGAGCGGGAUGUUGACAACAAGAAAAAGAUUGCUUCUCAUCUUCGCGGUAGAAUCAACAGCGGUGUCAGCGCGGUUGACGAGGAGAUGGUAGAGAAAGUCAAGAAGGAAGACAACAGGCCCGCGGGCACGCUGACGCCUGAAGAUUUAAGUUCGGACGGCGAAAACAAGAAGAGGAAAAAGAGUCAAGAAAAUAAGCGACCAGCCGCAGCUUCACCCGCUGCGAAGGACACCGACAAAAAGAAGCGCGCCCGACAGAGCCGGAGCAGCAGUCGCAGCCGCUCUUUGUCCUCUCCGAGAAGAUCUCGAGGAGGCAAAAAGUCAAGUUCUCUCUCAAGAGGCAACGACACCGGGAACAAAAACGUCGAAGAUGCACCCGACGGACGAAAGGAUCCCUACAGUCGAAAUAAACCAGCUUCCCGCGCUUUUCACAAGACCGUAAAAGUGGAAUCAUCCAGCGACCCGGCAGAAAGUAAAGGUCAUCCCGACAAAGAAAAGAACACCGAUUCAAAGAAAAACCAAGAAGAAGAGCAAAGCCACGACCAGCCGAGGAAUACUGCUUCGUCUCUUCGCGUGAACAUCCCACAGAGCGGGAGACCACAAGGUCAAGUACCUCCCGGCAGCGCCAGUGUAACCACGACCAAUCGGAAUCAGAAGCCGGCGCCAAGGACGAUCCAGAUUAAGUUGAAGACGGAGGAACGCGAGCAGCGACGGGGACGGUCUGCGAGUGAAGUGGAACUGGACAAAAUCAGGAAGGAGCAGGAAGUAGAACGGCUAAACAGCAAGAAGAUGAAGAAAAACAAGCCGGAUCAUGAUAAUACCGAUUCAUCAGAAGACAGCAAGUCAGAUUUUUCCUCGGCAGCUUCGGAGAAGAAUGCCAUGCUUAGAAACAAGAAAGACUACGCGACUGGUGCGACUACUAAAUCUUCGAAUAAACUUCUAGACGGGCCGAGCAGUAAAAAUAAGCCAGGCUCUCCGGCGAAAAAGGAAGAGCAGACUACACGCGAUCAACGGAACAGGACCACUACAGGCGACACGAAGAAGGCAGGAGCUGCUGGCGCAGCGAAGAGAAGAAGGAAGUCGAGCUCCUCUGUAGACCAACGCCAGCAGGAAAAGAAGCGGAGGAAUGAUCAGCAUGUCGCUGCCGCAGGUGGUACAACUUCUAGAAAUAAAAAUGAAGAACGAAAACCCAAACCAGCAGUCAAGCCGGUUGUGCUAAAAACGUCGAGCAAUUAUAGAAAAAGACACGCUUCGGCUUCUGAUUCCUCUUCCGAGUCUUCAAAGUCUAUUCCGAGCCGGCCUGCGUCUAAAGAUUCCUCUCGCUCGCGGUCGAAGUCGCCAGCUGCUGGGACGAGGGAGGAUAAAAAAGCGAAGAGGGGGGCAAGUCCUCUGCCAGCUCGCGGUGGCGGCUCAAGAAAGGGAACGACAACUGCUGCUGCUGAAAGGGAACAAAACAAGGAUGCUUCUAAACCCUCCAACAAGAAACAGAUCAUCGAACAGAAGAAAGAGCAGCCACGAAGUAGAGUAGAAAAUCGUCGCGGCCGUCGAAGGUCGCGCAGCCGAUCUUCAUCGUCUUCCAGCGAGGAGGACCACAAGGAGCAGAAUAGAAAUAGGAAGCCCGCUGUAGUUCUUGCGGAGAAGAAAGCAGAGCGAGUAGCAGGUCGGGAUCAUACAACUAAAGACAAAGCUGGCGGCGCGACGUCAUCGACCAAGCAUGUUGACAAGAAAGACGUCAGGAGCAAAGACGAUGCCAACAAUAAAAACAGAAAUCGUGUCGAUUCCCGCAGGAGGAAAACGAAGAGCGACAAGAAACGGAGGAGAAGCUUGUCCAGCAAAUCUUCCGGGUCCUCUCGGUCGAGGUCUGCGUCAAAUAAACGACCCGCAGAAAAAAUAGCAGUCCCGCCCCCGCCACCUCCAGCAGAAGUGAGCAACGCGCCUGCGGAGAUGAAAACGAAUAUCAACCAGGACGUCAACGAAGAUUCUGCGUCCCUUGAUUACAUCGAGGACGCUGCUAAGAAGGACAAGAAAAAGAGAAAGAAAACACGAACCGAUCGAGAUCGCAGUAGGAGUCGUGGUGCGAGAAGGCAUAACAAAGAGGACAAGAAGGAAGUCGUCGUGGACAAGAAAGAUAGAGAUACAGCAGCGCGUCGUGGCGGAGAGGAGAAAGGCAAAGUCAAAGACGCCACGACCUCUAGGCAACAAGAUAAAGACAAUAAAGAUCGUGCCGGUAAGAAGAUAAAGGCAGACCGCAAAGGCGUGGACGACACGGAGAGCAGCGACGAAGACGAAAAGAAAAUCGCGUUGAAAGAAAAGAAGAACUCGGCGAAGGCGAAAACCCCCACGGCGGCGUCAAAAGACCAAGAACAGAAGGCGAACGACAAGAAAGCUGCUGACAAAGACAUCAAAACCACUACCAAAGACGGCGCGGAGAAAAAGAAGCCAGAGCUGUCAGGAGUCGCGAAGAACAAGAAGGAGCAUCCCAACGAGAAAAUCCAGGUGAUCCUGAAGGAGCGGCGGCAGAAUCGAUCGCAGGAGCGGCGACAGGACCGAAGAGACAAUUUCAAGAGAAACGCGUCGCCCGCCCACCGUAGAGACAGUCGAGUGGAAAUGUUCCGGCCGGAAGAAAAGCGCCGGGAUCGGCGACGUGGCAGGAAUAAGGAUGUGGGCGAAGAGGAGCAGGAAAAAGUAGAAAAAGGAACGACUGCGCAAAGAAAGAAGAAAAACAAGAUGCGCGGCUUCAGCUCCUCCUCGGGCUCGGAUGAAUCUCAGUCUUCGUGAAUCUGGAGCAAAAACAAGAACUCCUGGCUCAACUUUAAUGCUGGUCCAGCAAUCACGUCUUUUCGCAUGGUGGAGUUGAAGUCACGACGAGCAUUUUCAAAUACACUAGACUUUUGUUUUUGAAUGUUGGUCAAAGAAGCAUUUUUUUCUGAGACACAAAAUCAAAAACCAAACGGGCUUUUUUGGCUAAGAGUAAACCGAACAGUCUUAUUGUAUUCACGACAUUAAUCAGAAUCAGAUUCAGAAACGACAUAGAGAAU